AUGCACCUGUCGCCGCUGCCGCCGCCGCUGGGGCCUCACAGCCUCGAAGGGCGACCGGUUGGAAGCUGUCGGAGGAGGAGGCCUGCCGGGAGGACCUGACCCGCCUGCCCCAAACACACCUGGACCAACAACCUGGCCGUGCUGGAGUGUCUGCAGGACCGCAGAGAGGAAACUGAGAUCGCUCCUGACUGUAACCAUCUCCUGUGGAACUAUAAGCUCAAUCUGACCACAGAUCCAAAGUUUGAGUCGGUGGCCACGGAGGUCUGCAAGAGCACCAUCGCCGAGAUUAAAGAGUGUAACGAGGAGGAGCGAGGGAGGGGCUACCUGGUGUCCUGCCUGGUGGAUCACCGCGGCAACAUUAGCGAGUACCAGUGUAACCAGUACAUCACCAAGAUGACCAGUAUCGUCUUCAGCGACUACAGACUGAUCUGCGGCUUCAUGGACAAAUGUAAAGAAGACAUCAACAGCCUGCACUGCGGCAGCAUCAACGUGGGACACAAGGACGUCCACUCGCAGGGUGAAGUCAUCGCCUGUCUGGAGAAGGCGUUGGUGAGGGAGGUGGAGCAGCAGGAUCACGUUCGUCCAAUCAAAGAGGAGUGCCAGAAGGCGAUCCUGCGGGUGGCGGAGCUGUCGUCAGAUGACUUCCACCUCGACCGCCAUCUUUACUUCUCCUGCAGAGACGACCGCGAGAGAUUCUGUCAGAACAUUCAGGCAGGAGAAGGGAAAGUCUACAAAUGUCUGUUCAAUCACAAGUUUGAAGAGGCCAUGUCAGAGAAGUGCCGUGACGCCCUGACCACCCGUCAGAAGCUGAUCUCUCAGGACUACAGAGUCAGCUACUCUCUGGCUAAAGCCUGUAAGCUGGACCUGAGGAAGCAGCGCUGCAGCCUGGACGCCAACCUGCCGCGAGCCCGCGAGGCUCGACUGUCCUACCUGCUGCUGUGUCUGGAGGCUGCUGUGCACCGCGGUCGUCCGGUCAGCGGCGAGUGUCAGGGCGAGAUGCUGGACUACCGUCGGAUGCUGAUGGAGGAUUUCUCUCUUAGUCCGGAGAUCGUGCUGCACUGCCGGACGGAGAUCGAGGCUCACUGCUCCGGCCUGCACCGCAAAGGCCGCACGCUGCACUGCCUGAUGAGGAUCGGACGCGGCGACCGCAGCACCACUGUGGACAGCGUCUGCCAGAGCGCCCUGCAGACUUUGAUCCAGUCUGCAGACCCCGGAGCCGACUACCGGAUCGACCGAGCGCUCAACGAGGCCUGCGAGUCCGUCAUCCAGACCGCCUGCAAACACAUCCGCAGCGGAGACCCAAUGAUCCUGUCGUGCCUGAUGGAGCACCUGUACACAGAGAAGAUGGUGGAGGACUGUGAACACCGACUGUUGGAGCUACAGUAUUUCAUAUCCAGAGACUGGAAGCUGGACCCCGUCCUGUAUAAGAAGUGUCAGGGCGACGCCGCUCGACUGUGCCACACACACGGCUGGAACGAGACCAGCGAGCUGAUGCCGCCGGGCGCCGUCUUCUCCUGCCUGUACCGCCACGCCUACCGCACCGAGGAGCAGGGACGGCGGUUAUCUCGGGACUGUAAGGUGGAGGUUCAGAGGAUUCUCCACCAGAGGGCACUGGAUGUGAAGUUGGACCCCGAGCUGCAGAAACGUUGCAUGACCGACCUCGGCAAGUGGUGCAGCGAGAAGACGGAUGCUGGACAGGAGCUGGAGUGUCUGCAGGAUCACCUGGAGGACCUGGUCUCUACCUGCAGGGACGUUGUGGGCAACCUGACUGAGCUGGAGUCAGAGGACAUCCAGAUUGACGCUCUGCUCAUCAGAGCCUGUGAGCCCGUCACUCAGGCCCACUGCCACGACGUAGCCGACAACCAGAUCGAUACAGGUGAUCUGAUGGAGUGUUUGGUGCAGAACAAACACCAGAAGGAGAUGAACGAGAAAUGUUCAGUCGGCGUUACGCACUUCCAGCUGAUUCAAAUGAAGGAUUUCCGCUUCUCCUAUAAGUUCAAGAUGGCCUGCAAAGAGGACGUUCUCCGCUUGUGUCCAAACAUCAAGAAAAAGGUGGAUGUUGUCAUCUGUCUCAGCACCACGGUGAGGAACGACACGCUGCAGGAGGCCAAGGAGCAGCGGGUUUCACUCAAGUGUCGCAAACAGCUGCGGGUGGAGGAGCUGGAGAUGUCGGAGGAUAUUCGGUUGGAACCGGAGCUGUAUGAUCCCUGCAAGUCCGACAUCAGUCGUCUGUGUCCCAACGUGGCCUUUGGAAACGCUCAGAUGAUCGAGUGUCUGAAGGAGCAGAAGAAGCAGCUCAGUCAGCGCUGCCACCAGCGGAUCUUCAGGCUGCAGGAGGUGGAGAUGACCGACCCCGAGCUCGACUACCAGCUGAUGAGAGUCUGCAAGCAGAUGAUCAAGCGGUUCUGUACUGAGGCGGACACCAGGAACGUCCUUCAGUGUCUGAAACAGAACAAGAACAGCGAGCUGAUGGAUCCCAAGUGUAAACAGAUGAUCACCAAGAGACAGAUCACACAGAACACAGACUACAGGUUGAACCCAGUUUUGAGAAAAGCUUGUCGAGCCGACAUCCCAAAGUUCUGCCAGCCCAUCCUGAACAAGGCGAGCGAGGACAACGAGCUGGAGGGUCAGGUGAUUGCCUGCCUCAAACUCAAAUACGCCGACCAGAGGUUGUCUCCAGACUGUGAAGACCAGAUCAGAGUGAUCCUCCAGGAGUCAGCGCUCGACUACAGACUGGACCCACAGCUGCAGAUGCACUGCACAGAUGAGAUCUCCAGGUUGUGUGCUGAGGAGGCAGCAGCUCAGGAGCAGACCGGUCAGGUGGAAGAGUGUCUGAAAGUCAACUUGCUGAAAAUCAAACAGGACGCCUGUAAGAAGGAAGUCCUGAACAUGCUGAAGGAGAGUAAGGCGGACAUCUUUGUGGACCCGGUCCUCCACACAGCCUGCGCUCUGGACCUCAAACACCACUGUGCUGCCAUCACACCCGGCAGAGGGCGACAGAUGUCGUGUCUGAUGGAGGCGUUACAGGACAAGAGAGUUCGUCUGCAGCCUGAGUGUAAGAAAAGACUUCAAGACCGCAUCGACAUGUGGAGCUACGCCGCAAAGGUGGCGCCGGCGGAGGGCUUCUCAGACCUGGCCGUGCAGGUGAUGACCUCACCCUCCAAGAACUACAUCCUGCUCAUGAUCGCACUGAGCGUGUGCGUCCUCUUCCUGGUGGGGCUGCUGUGCGGUCGGAUCACCAAGCGAGUGACGAGAGAGCUGAAGGACCGGUAGAGGACGAGCGCUCGGACACUUCAAAAAAGACUGACUCCUCGCACCUUCCUCCUCCUCCUCCUCCUCCUCCUUGUACUACUCCUCUCCCAGAUGCCAGCCAACCUACACAGUGCCAACGCCAGCACCCACAUCUGGAUCUCCUCUGCUCCUCUGUUUAUCGGCUGCUGCCGAAUAUUUGCAUCAGAUGCAAAACGAAAACCUUAAAUCUCCAUUUGGGCAUCUCCAAACGUGAAGAGAGCACCGACCGUCUGAUUGGAGCGUUCGUCCUCGACGGUCACAUUUUCCCGGUAAAUCUGCUUUGUUUUGUUCGGGGUCAGACGUGAAGUCGUCCGGCAUCUUUUGAGUUUCUACGUCGGUGACGGAGGGCUGCUGCUGCUGAGGUUAGGAUUGCUUUCCCCAAGUUGAGUCCUGAUGCUUCUUGUGAUAUUUAACGGAGACUGGAGCAUGUCGAGCAACAGGACGUUGUUUCUUUGCAAGUGACUGCGGCUGCCUGAAUCGCACACGGAGCAACUUGAAAUCUUGAGGCGAAACUUUGGGGUUGAGUUCUGUGACGUUCUUGUUGCUUUCAAACAUUUUCUCAUCGGUCGUGAACUUCCGCCCUCUUCAGUCCUGCGCAGGACCGAGUCCAGCUCGCGGGUACGGCUUUCCUGCGUUUGGACCGGUUCAGCAACUUUUGCAUUGUGAAGAUUCUUCUGGAUGUUUUCACCACGACCCGUGUCGUCCCCGAUCCCGGUCCCAUGUUGCUUUUAAUGAGCCGACACAACCUGCCACAUAACACCCCGAGGCUUCAUUUGUCAGCAGAACAACGCGUCGGUGUACAAACAUGAGCAGGUUCUUCGUUUCGUGACGGAGGAAGUGUCAAACAUUUUGGGGUUUUCUCUGCACAGGAAGUCCUUUUUUCAUGGAACGCUCGCCCUCAGGCCAGGUUUACUCUGGAGGCCUUUGGCACAGUUUCACAGUUUUGGCCCUGAUGUAAUUCUACAUAUUAAACAUACAGCAGAUAAAACACUGUCUGAAAUGGGCGCAUCCAGGUCCGAGGUAACCAUUGCAGGUUUUGCAGUGCCGUUCCACACAGGGCCGGAAAAUAAUAGUUUUUCCUCUUUAAAUUAGCCGGGUGGCGAUUAGCCUAGCUAAGUUAAAGGUAGGUAGGCUGGAUUUUCCUAAAAACAACAUAUAGACUCAUAGAAAAGUCCCUCUCAGUCAUCACUCUUGACCCAUCAGAAGUUUGUGGCGCUGUAUUUAUCUGCAGACUCUUAUUUUAUUCUUAUCUUGCUGUGGUUGGGACGUUUCUGGGCUGCAGCCUUUGGGCAGCGGGUGCGUAGCCUCCAGCCUUUAACAGCAUACAGGUGAGGUCUUAAUGAAAAGGUAACGCUGCUGUUUGCAACUGACAGAUUAUUGCCAUUGUAACUGUGUUAUCAUGAAACGUAAUGUCUACUGCUGUGUGUGUAAUCCGACUGUUAGCGUAGCUGUUAUAUACACGAACAGCUCCAUUAACACAGGGUUUAAUGGGACUGUAACUAAGUCCCACUGGGUGCAUAACGUCCGCGACCCGUCCGACAGAGCUGAUCGCUGUCUUUCCAGUCAACGCCAAACGUCUGUUUUUGACGGAAUACGAGAAGAUUGACAGGAAGUCAGACACAGGAACGGUGUACAGAAACUGGUAAAUUUUCAAAAUGAAACACUCUGUGCAGACUCAAGAUCAGUACAUCAACAAUCAACACAAUUAAAACAGAAAAAAUGAACAUACGACGCCUACUUUCCCACUGCAGACGAAAAAUCAAGGAGAAAUGACCAAACCAGCAGAAUCUGAGCAAGUUAAGAGAAGCAGCAGGUAAAACGCUCUGACAAACGGUUUUCUGUACGGAUUAAACAAAAACGAGAUAUAACGUGUUAAUCAGUCAUCUUUAGAGGUGUUGGUCGGUGGAUUAACUUUGGACAAAGCCAGGCUAGCUGUUCUCCCCAGCUUCCAGUCUUUAUGCUAUGCUAAGCUAAUCGCCUCCUGGCUGCAGCUCUUAUAAACCCCCUCCAGCCACCGAACGGCCUCUUCUGCUGCCCCCAAGUGGCCAAAAAAAUGAAUUGAAUGCAGCUCGCAGUGGACGGACUGAUGGGCCACAGUGAGGCGUUAGCUGGUGCGGCAGACUGGGUGAUCUGGAUCUGAUCUGUGUGUUUAGAUCAAAUGAUCCAUCGUGAAUCUGAUUUAGAUCAUCCAAAGUUAUUCCACAUGAGCGUUGUGCCUGAAGCUUAAACAGACUAAUAUCAGAUUUUCAUUUCCAUGAUACAUGUAUGUGAAGUCUGUGUAAACUAUCUGUACUGGGUCCCUUUUUACCAGUAAAAGCUGUUAGUAGAAAUGCAUUGAAUAUAAAUAUUAAAGACAAAGUUAGAAAGGAUGUUUGGCUUAAUGCUGACAGUACAUCAGAGUACAGGGAGAAAAUAAUCGCUCAGUAUUUUACAUUGGAUCCAUAAACACAUUCUUGUUUUUGUUUCAGGCGCAUCACUUGUAACUUCAAUGUAAGAUGCAAACAUGAUUUUGCAUUUUUAUUCUUUUCUGAUCGAUGAAUAUUUUUGAUUUUGCACUUUAACUUGAUGCACGUCACAUCUGCGGUGCAUUAAGUUUGUUCUCUGAUUGGACAAUGAGCCUCGUUCAUCUCAUUCAUAAGAUCCAGAUCUCUGAACAGUGAACACGCCUUUCUUUUAGCAAAUGUUUUUGGUUGUAUUUUACUGUUUGUGAAUGAUUAAAGCCGGACGAGGCGAUCGCACGGAUGGAGAGUGUGCGGCAAACACACAAUAUUUCCUGCUCACUUACAAAAGUUAACGCAGCUGAAGCUGCAGAUCAGUUCAGAAAGAUUCUGGAAGGAUUCGGAGGGUGAGGAAAGAAACGUCCUCCACCUGAAAGCCAGGCCGAUCGCCGGUCAGACAGAAACCAACAGCUCGCCGCUUUGAGCUUUAUGAUCCUGUAUGUCUGCUGAAGCCACAUGUCGAGCGAUUUAACAGGAAAUAAAGAAAUAUUAUAACCAGUUUUGUAUGCAAGUCUCUACGUGUACAAACGUCAUCAGUGUGCUUUUUUUUCACAUUAUGCCAUGUAAUAUGAAGACAUAACAGAGUCAU